GUAGGAAGUUUCUGCUGGGGUCUGGAUUUGGAGCUCCAGGGUUGGAUCGGCCCCGUAUGACCCCAAGCUAAGAACAAAAGAGACCCCAAAGAGUCUACAUGUCUAAUAUUUAGACAUGUUCAGCUUUGUGGAUUCUCGGUCCCUGCUGUUGAUAGCAGCGACUGUCCUACUCGCCCGCGGGCAAGGAGAGGAAGACAUCCAAACCGGGAGCUGCGUCCAGGAUGGGCUCACGUACAACGACAAGGACGUGUGGAAACCAGAACCGUGCCAGAUCUGCGUCUGCGACAGCGGCAACAUCCUGUGCGACGAGGUGAUCUGCGAGGACACCUCCGACUGCCCCAACGCCGAGAUCCCCUUCGGAGAGUGCUGCCCCAUCUGUCCCGACACCGACGCCUCCCCUGCCUACCCAGAGAGCGCUGGAGUGGAGGGUCCUAAAGGAGACACCGGCCCCAAAGGAGACAGGGGACUGCCCGGCCCCCCCGGCAGAGAUGGGAUCCCCGGCCAGCCCGGACUGCCGGGCCCCCCCGGCCCCCCCGGCCCCCCCGGCCUCGGCGGAAACUUCGCUCCCCAGAUGUCCUACGGCUACGACGAGAAGGCUGGAGGCAUGGCCGUGCCCGGGCCCAUGGGCCCAGCUGGUCCCCGUGGUCUCCCCGGCCCUCCCGGUGCUCCUGGUCCCCAAGGUUUCCAAGGUCCCCCUGGUGAACCUGGAGAGCCUGGUGCUUCUGGUCCCAUGGGCCCCCGAGGUCCCGCUGGCCCCCCUGGCAAGAACGGAGAUGACGGUGAAGCUGGCAAGCCUGGCCGCCCUGGCGAGCGGGGUCCCCCCGGCCCCCAGGGUGCUCGAGGUCUCCCCGGAACCGCCGGCCUGCCAGGCAUGAAGGGACACAGAGGUUUCAGUGGUCUGGAUGGUGCCAAGGGUGAGCCUGGACCUGCUGGCCCCAAGGGAGAGCCCGGCAGCCCCGGAGAGAACGGAGCUCCUGGGCAGAUGGGUCCUCGUGGUCUUCCCGGUGAGCGAGGCCGUCCCGGCCCAUCUGGCCCCGCUGGCGCUCGUGGCAAUGACGGUGCUCCCGGCGCUGCCGGUCCCCCCGGUCCGACUGGUCCCGCUGGUCCCCCCGGCUUCCCCGGUGCUGCUGGUGCUAAGGGUGAGACCGGUCCCCAGGGAGCUCGUGGCAGCGAAGGUCCCCAAGGUGCUCGCGGUGAGCCCGGUCCCCCCGGCCCUGCUGGCGCUGCCGGUCCUGCUGGCAACCCCGGUGCUGACGGCCAACCCGGUGCCAAGGGCGCCACCGGCGCUCCCGGCAUCGCUGGCGCUCCCGGCUUCCCCGGAGCCCGCGGUCCCUCCGGACCCCAGGGUCCCAGCGGCGCCCCCGGCCCCAAGGGCAACACCGGUGAGCCCGGUGCUCCAGGCAACAAGGGUGACACCGGUGCCAAAGGCGAACCCGGUCCCGCUGGUGUCCAAGGUCCCCCCGGCCCCGCUGGAGAAGAAGGCAAGAGAGGAGCCCGUGGUGAGCCCGGCCCCGCUGGGCUGCCCGGCCCCGCUGGCGAACGUGGCGCUCCUGGCAGCCGCGGUUUCCCUGGCGCCGAUGGCAUCGCUGGUCCCAAGGGUCCCCCCGGCGAGCGCGGCUCCCCCGGCCCCGUUGGCCCCAAAGGAUCUCCUGGUGAAGCUGGACGCCCCGGGGAACCCGGACUCCCCGGUGCCAAGGGUCUGACUGGAAGCCCCGGGAGCCCCGGUCCCGACGGCAAGACCGGCCCCCCUGGUCCCGCUGGUCAAGACGGACGGCCCGGCCCCCCCGGCCCCCCCGGAGCCCGAGGCCAGGCCGGCGUGAUGGGAUUCCCCGGUCCCAAAGGUGCUGCGGGCGAGCCCGGCAAACCCGGCGAGAGAGGAGCUCCCGGUCCCCCCGGCGCCGUGGGUCCUGCUGGCAAAGAUGGUGAAACCGGUGCCCAAGGUCCCCCCGGCCCCACCGGUCCCGCUGGAGAAAGAGGUGAACAAGGUCCCGCUGGUGCUCCUGGCUUCCAGGGUCUGCCCGGCCCUGCUGGCCCCCCUGGCGAGGCUGGCAAGCCUGGUGAGCAGGGUGUCCCCGGAGAUGCCGGAGCCCCCGGUCCCGCCGGUGCCAGGGGCGAGAGAGGAUUCCCUGGAGAGCGCGGUGUCCAAGGCCCCCCCGGUCCCCAAGGUCCCCGCGGUGCUAACGGUGCUCCCGGUAACGAUGGUGCUAAGGGCGAUGCUGGUGCUCCCGGAGCCCCCGGGAACCAGGGGCCCCCCGGUCUGCAGGGAAUGCCCGGAGAGCGUGGUGCUGCCGGCCUGCCAGGCGCCAAGGGUGACAGAGGUGACCCCGGUCCCAAAGGUGCUGAUGGCGCUCCUGGCAAGGACGGUCUCCGAGGCCUGACCGGCCCCAUCGGCCCCCCCGGCCCCGCUGGUGCUCCUGGUGACAAGGGUGAAGCCGGCCCCCCCGGCCCUGCUGGUCCCACUGGUGCCCGUGGUGCUCCCGGUGACCGCGGCGAGCCCGGCCCUCCCGGUCCUGCUGGAUUUGCUGGCCCCCCCGGCGCUGACGGCCAGCCUGGUGCUAAAGGUGAAACUGGGGAUGCUGGAGCCAAGGGUGACGCCGGUCCCCCCGGCCCCGCUGGCCCCACUGGUGCUCCUGGACCUGCUGGUGCUGUUGGUGCUCCCGGUCCCAAAGGUGCUCGCGGCAGCGCUGGACCCCCUGGUGCUACUGGUUUCCCUGGUGCUGCUGGAAGAGUUGGACCCCCCGGCCCCUCUGGUAACAUCGGCCUGCCCGGCCCGCCCGGCCCCAGCGGCAAGGAGGGCGGCAAAGGCCCCCGCGGUGAGACCGGCCCCGCUGGCCGCCCCGGAGAGCCGGGCCCCGCCGGCCCCCCCGGCCCCCCCGGAGAGAAGGGAGCCCCCGGCGCUGACGGCCCCAUCGGCGCUCCCGGCACACCCGGACCCCAAGGUAUCGCCGGCCAGCGCGGUGUGGUCGGUCUGCCCGGCCAGAGAGGCGAGCGAGGCUUCCCUGGGCUGCCCGGCCCCUCCGGUGAACCCGGCAAACAAGGUCCCUCCGGCUCCCCCGGCGAGCGCGGCCCCCCCGGCCCCAUGGGCCCCCCCGGCCUGGCCGGACCCCCCGGAGAAGCCGGACGUGAGGGCGCUCCCGGUGCUGAAGGUGCUCCCGGCCGUGACGGCGCUGCUGGUCCCAAGGGUGAUCGUGGUGAGACCGGCCCCGCCGGCCCCCCUGGCGCUCCCGGUGCCCCCGGUGCCCCCGGCCCCGUCGGUCCUGCUGGCAAGAACGGAGAUCGCGGUGAGACCGGUCCCCAAGGUCCCGCUGGCCCCCCUGGUCCUGCUGGUGCUCGUGGUCCUGCUGGUCCCCAAGGUCCCCGUGGUGACAAAGGUGAAACCGGUGAACAGGGUGACAGAGGCAUGAAGGGUCACAGAGGCUUCUCCGGUCUCCAGGGCCCACCUGGUCCUCCCGGCUCUCCUGGUGAACAAGGUCCUUCUGGUGCUUCCGGUCCCGCCGGUCCCCGAGGUCCCCCCGGCUCCGCUGGUGCUGCUGGCAAGGACGGUCUGAACGGGCUGCCCGGUCCCAUCGGUCCCCCCGGCCCCCGCGGCCGCACCGGCGACGUCGGUCCCGUCGGUCCCCCCGGCCCCCCCGGGCCCCCCGGUCCUCCCGGCCCUCCCAGCGGCGGUUUCGACUUCAGCUUCCUGCCGCAGCCGCCGCAGGAGAAGGCGCACGACGGCGGCCGCUACUACCGCGCCGACGACGCCAACGUGAUGCGCGACCGCGACCUGGAGGUGGACACCACCCUCAAGAGCCUGAGCCAGCAGAUCGAGAACAUCCGCAGCCCCGAGGGCACCCGCAAGAACCCCGCCCGCACCUGCCGCGACCUGAAGAUGUGCCACGGCGACUGGAAGAGCGGCGAGUACUGGAUCGACCCCAACCAAGGCUGCAACCUGGACGCCAUCAAGGUCUUCUGCAACAUGGAGACGGGCGAGACGUGCGUGUACCCGACGCAGGCGUCCAUCGCCCGCAAGAACUGGUACCUCAGCAAGAACCCCAAGGAGAAGAAACACAUCUGGUUCGGCGAGUCCAUGAGCGACGGCUUCCAGUUCGAGUACGGCGGCGAGGGCUCGGACCCGGCGGACGUGGCCAUCCAGCUGACCUUCCUGCGCCUCAUGGCCACCGAGGCGGCCCAGAACGUCACCUACCACUGCAAGAACAGCGUGGCCUACAUGGACCAGGCCAGCGGCAACCUGAAGAAGGCUCUGCUGCUGCAGGGCGCCAACGAGAUCGAGAUCCGCGCCGAGGGCAACAGCCGCUUCACCUACGGCGUCACCGAGGACGGCUGCACGAGUCACACGGGCGCCUGGGGCAAGACAGUGAUCGAGUACAAGACGACGAAGACCUCGCGCCUGCCCAUCAUCGAUUUGGCUCCUAUGGACGUCGGCGCUCCGGACCAGGAAUUCGGCAUCGACAUCGGCCCCGUCUGCUUCUUGUAACCCCGGAUGAUGCCCCACGCGUGACAGGAGAGAGUAAUAAUAAUGAUAAAAAUAAUAAUAAUAAAAAAAAAAAAACACCAAAAAAAAAACCUGCCAAAAAAAAAAAAAAAAGGAGAAAAUUUCACAUGGACUUGAAUUUGUGUCGGUUUCUAUCCAGCGUCUCUUAAACAACUCCGGUUGCGUUGCCGUAAGAGAAAAACCUCAAAAACCUUCCCCCCCAAAAAAA